UUGACGUUAGAGAAAAAGACAGAAGAUAUGUGAAUAAUAUAAAAGCGUGAGUAACAUUGAAUAUCCGUGAAACACCUCGAUCUGACUACAACUCGGAAGACCCAAAAUUCUCCCUUCUAACAAAAAACAAUGGACAAAAUUCAACACAGGAAAGUACCCGUAAACUCCAUUAACUUACACAUAGCUGAAAUCGGAGAACCCAUUAAAGGAACUAUACUUUUCCUCCAUGGAUUUCCUGAGCUUUGGUACACUUGGCGUCACCAACUUCUUGCUGUUUCUACUGCAGGUUACCGUGCCAUAGCUCCUGAUCUUCGCGGCUAUGGAGAUUCCGAUGCACCGCCAAAUGCUUCAAGCUAUACUUCUUUUCAUGUAGUUGGAGAUCUCGUUUCUCUUCUUGAUUUUCUGGGUAUUGAUCAAGCUUUAUUGGUGGGUCAUGAUUGGGGUGCUAUUAUUGCUUGGCAUUUUUGUAUUUUUCGUCCUGAUAGAAUCAAGGCUUUGGUUAAUCUUAGUGUUCCUUUUACUCCUCGGAAUCCUAAUUGGAAAACCAUUGAAGGGUAUCGCAAAGCUUUUGGAGAUGAUUUCUAUAUGUGUCGAUUUCAGGCACCUGGAGAAAUGGAGGAAGAAUUCAAUAGCAUUGACACAGCAAAGUUGUUGAAAAAUUUCCUGGUAUCCCGCGAUCCAAAACCUGUAGUCAUGCCUAAAGGUGGAUUAGCAAAGAAAGCUGAAAGAGAUGUGCCUUUGCCACCAUGGCUUUCAGAGGAUGACAUCAACUACUUUGCUGACAAGUUCAAACAGACGGGUUUUACCGGUGGCCUGAAUUACUACCGAGCAAUGGAUUUGACAUGGGAACUCAUGGCACCGUGGACUGGGAUCCAAAUUAAAGUACCGGUAAAGUUCGUUUUAGGAGAGCUGGAUAUAACCUACAACUUCCCGCACGUAAAGGAUUAUAUACAUAAAGGGGGAUUCAAAAAAGAUGUACCACUGUUGGAUGACGUUAUUGUAAUGGAAAAAACUGCCCAUUUCAUCAACCAAGAAAGACCAGAAGAAAUAAGCAACAUCAUUUUGGAAUAUUUCGGCAAAUUUUAAUCCCCUUUUUAUAGCUAUGUAUGUUACUUUCCUUGCAUUAUGCAUUUCAAUGUACAAUAAGUCAAUCAUGAUCUUGAUUAGGAAAACAGGACAUUCUUGUUAGUUGUAUACACAAACUAGCAAAGGUGCUGAUCUGCUUGUUUGCUGAUAUCAUACACCGAUGAUCCUUCAUAAUCAAGAUAUUGUUCGAUUGUCCCGCAUCCGUGUCUGUUCUUUGUGGCGUUUUAACUUCGGAAUUUGUCAUUGCUAAUUCAGGUACGACAUUUUUUGGGUUUGUGAUCGAACGCAUAUGGAAUUAUAGCUGCAAA